CCUCUUCUCCUCCCUUCUUCUCCCACCCCUAACUUUCUUAAUUACACCCCUACUUUCUGCUCUCUUCUCCCCCUUCUUAAACCUUUUAGUUUUGUCUUAGGAAACCACACCCUUGUUUUUUUUUUCCUUAAAAAAAACAUUUACUUCCCGUGUGGUUCCUCUUGUUUUUUUAAAUUUCUCUUCAUAUGAAAUUCUCUUAAUAAUUUAAUUAAUUUGAAUAUUGAUGCUGAACAUCUUCAUAUUGUUCAUGCUUCACAUUCAUGUCUCCAGUUCUUAGUGAAAUCCUACGUUCCGGAUUUAUUAUAGAUUCUUCCCUAAGACGUAGGACCCACUUAGUUCAAUCUUUCUCUUGUUUCUUCCUCUAUUGGUUCUAUGUUUUUUCAUAAAUCCCUUAACAUCACUCCAUUUUUACGUUACAUUAUAUAAUUAUUACUAUAUAACAUAGUCAUAACUAAAUCUAGUAUUAAGAUAAGAUUUAUAUCCUUUAUUUUUAGUUAUUUUUUGUCUUUGUUUUGGAAUUAAAAAAAAUAUUGAAAAUAUUUUUAUCCUAUGGCCACAUCUAGUGGAAACUCUAGUGUGUCAACAAAAUCUCAAAGCUAUGGCUCUGAGGAAGAUUUGCAGCUUCUAAUGGAUCAAAGAAAAAGGAAGAGAAAGCAAUCGAACCGCGAAUCGGCAAGAAGAUCAAGGAUGAGGAAGCAGAAGCACAUGGAUGAUUUAAUUGCUGAAGUUGAAAGACUAAGAAAUGAAAACAGUGAAAUACUCACAAGGAUGAACAUGACAACACAACACUAUCUUAAAAUUGAGGCAGAGAAUUGUGUUCUAAGGGCUCAAAUGUGUGAACUUAAUCAAAGGCUACAAUCAUUGAAUGAUAUCAUCAACCUCAUCAACAUAACAACUACUACUAAUGGAGUUAAUUAUCAAAAUAAUGAUUGUUUUUUAACAAUUUCAGAUAAUUGCUUCAUGAAUCAAAUGAAUAUGUCAUAUCUUAAUCAACAACCAAUUAUGGCCUCUGCAGACAUGUUUAUGUGGUGAAUUAUUGAACCUCAAUAAAACAAAGUUAAAGUCCAAGGUUGUUCUGUUGGAGCUGUGUCAUGAAUCAUGCAUGUUGUGGAAUAAUUGAGUGAGGGUGAAAAUUAGUAACUAGGGUGAGGCAAUAUUUAUUAAGAUAUAUUAUUAUUUAGAUUAUAUUAGAUUGGCAAAACUUGCAACAAAAAAAAGAGUGGAAAUGACAUAUGAGCUGUUGAUAUAGGUUGCUUUAGUACUACUCAACAUUGUCCAAUAUUAAAAAAAAGAUGUUUGUGUAAGUGCUUUAUUCUAUGCUUUUUUUAUAUAUAUUAGUUUGUAUUUUGUGAGUGUGCUUUUCUAGAUGUUAAAAUAGCAUUGGUUCUUUUCUUACCAAUAAAA